AUGACGAGCAAGCCAGCCAUCGACUACUCGGUCUACCUCGUUACAGGGCGGGAGCUCCUCCCACCGGGUGUCGACUACUACGCCUCUCUCGAGCUCUGCCUCUCCCAGGGCAACGUGACCGUCGUCCAAAUCCGAGAGAAAGACACCGAAACAUCCGACUUCCUCACGAUCGCCCAAAAGUCACUUGCCAUCUGCGACCGCUACAACGUACCGAUGCUGAUCAACGACAACCUGUCCGUGUGCCUGUCCCUCCCGGAACGAGUAGGGCUGCACAUUGGGCAGGAGGAUAUCCCCGUCUCGGUCGCUCGACGCAUUCUCGGACCCAACCGGCUGCUGGGUAUCUCGGUCAAGACGAUCGACCAGGCGCGGAUCGCACGCGAAGAGGGGCACGCAGACUAUGCGGGUGUCGGCCCGUGCUAUGGGACGCAGAGCAAGGCGGGCAUCACAGAGGACAAGGUGAUUGGUUGUUCGGGGGCACAGCGCAUCGUAGCGGAACUGAAGAAGGAGGGUAGGCGGUUGCCAUGCGUCCUGAUCGGCGGUUUGAACCAGAGGACGGCAGCUAGGACGUUGUUUGGUGCGACAAGUGAGAGCAAUGCUCCGGAUGGGAUUGCUGUGAUAAGCGCCAUCGUCGGUCGUACCGACUCGGACGUUGCGGCGGCGGAGCUGGGCGAUAUCGUGCGCUCCUUCAAAACAGGCCUCUCCUCGUCUGCGUCCAACGGCGGGGUCGCAUCCGCCUUCGCCCUCCCUUCCCACCCCAUCAGGGAUGCAGAGUGGUACAAGACCUCGGCAGCGGAGCUGCUCACCUUCCACCGAACCUCCAUCCACGGACCACCGCUGAUUCAGACCAUCACCUCGCACGUCUCCUCCACCAUGUCGGCCAAUCUCGCGCUCGCCUUCUCCUCCUCGCCCAUCAUGUCGCACGAAGCGUCCGAGGCGGCGGAUCUCUCCCUCGCGGUGGGCGCUUUGGUGUUGAAUAUCGGUACGAUUUCUCCGGCGAGUCGCGAGGGCAUGCUUGUUGCGGGUAGGAGUGCGAAUGCGAAUCGCAAGCCGGUGGUGCUCGAUCCGGUCGGUGGGGGUGCGACGCAAUUUAGGAAGGAUGUGGUGAGGGGGCUGUUGAACGCUACGCAAGUGACGUUGUUGAAGGGAAACGCGGCGGAGUUGGCCAGUAUCGCGGGCAAGGGGGAUGAGGUGAGGAGUCGAGGGGUCGAUUCGGGGAGUGGACAGCUUAAGGAUCCGGUAGGACUGGUGUUGGGGCUUGCGAAGAGGGAGAGGUGUUUGGUGCUGCUGAGUGGGAAGAAGGAUUAUUUGACGGAUGGACAGACGGUCAUCACCAGCGACAAUGGACACCCGUUGUUGGGAGCUAUCACGGGGUCGGGCUGCGCGCUAGGUGUCACCGUUGGGGCAGGCCUCGCAGCCGCAUGCAACUUGGCCAAGUCCAAGAACGAGGACGUGACGUCGCUGGGCAACACCCUAGUCGCACACGGCAACGUGGAUCUGCUCGUCGGCGCCCUGACAGGUUUGUUGGCCAUGACAAUCGCAAGCGAAAAGGCGGCCGUCAGAGACGACGUUCGCGGACCGGGAACGUUCAUCCCAGCUCUGCAGGACGAACUCGCCGCCGUGUCCGCAGAAGACAUCCUCAAGUAUGCCAAAAUCGAGGUCGUCUCGUCCUGA